AUGUCGUCGAAGAUGCUCCACUGCGACGAUGAGCCGUGCACCACCCUCCUCCGUCGGUUGGAACAAAAGAAGGUGGCGAGGGAUAGCACGACGAGCACGGCCACGGAGGCGUGCUCGCGGCCGACGCGCUCGCCACCGGCUUCUGCCGCCUGCCUCCGCGAGCGCCUCGCCGGCCUCGAGGCCUCUGAUGCCACCCUCGCCUCGCCGGGCCGCAGGUCCACCUCCGACACCCCGUUCACUGCGGGCGCGGCCCCGUCGCUACGGGCGCUGCCCAAGCUAGGCCCCGUUUGCACCCCAUUCCUCGCCGCGGGCGUUGCCCCGUUCGUCUCCAAGCUCGAGCCCGUGGGAAUCAGUGCAGCAGGACUGUCGGAGCUGCCGACAUAUGCCACCACAGCUGGUGGCGGCACCCCCGCCACGUCAGCGUGCCGCCACCGCCGAGGGCGGCUGGCCUACCCUCUCGACGUCGUCGUUAACGGCCGCUCGGGCAGUCCGACGUGCCGCCACCACUAA